CAGUGUCUGUCGUUUCCCGAUAAGCCCGGUGAUUGUUCGAACAAUCUCUUCUUUCAUCUUCUUCUUCUUCAUCUUUCAUCUUAAGCUUCUCUUCUACUUACUCUCUCUCUCUCUCUCUCUCUAGAUAGAUAGAUACAUAUCAGCAUCUCACACAACACAACACAACCAUCGCAUACCCACAAUUUCCCUUCGCUUUCUUCGGAAAACACUCACUUUUCUGUUUACAUGUGCAGACAGACACACAAAAGCAACUCUCCUGUUCACAGAUCUGUGAGGUGUCGGAACAGUCACUCACGUCACCAACACACCACACUCUUUCUUUCUUUUCUCCUUCGCAAAACCCGAUCCAACAAUGUUCAAAGAUAUGAAAAAGCUUUAAACAAACACAAGCAGAAGCGAAAAGGGGUUUGGCACAGAUCGGCGACCCAACUGCGAAAUUUGCUGCUUUAGCUUAAAAAAAAAAGUGCAAAGACUUGGAUCAAGGGAGGUGAGGAUGAGGCUCUGAGACCUACUCAGUCUUUUGCUUUUGAAAGCUUUUUUUUUCUUUCUGCGAUUGAAAAAAGCUUCUGACUCGGACUGCGAUUUAUCACUACACGGCCAAAGUACUCUCUGAUUUUGAGUCAUAGUCAUCAAUGCAAAGGGCAUAACAACAACCCCACCCUCAGUGCACUCUCUAUCUCCACACUCCACUUGAUAAGAGAAGACCAAGUGGGUUGAGAUUCAAACACUUGAGCUUCUGUUGUUGGUAAAAAGGCAUGAUUGUGAUAUGGAGGAGGAUGAGAUUGAAGCACAGGCGUGUAAGUUCCCUAGAGUUGGAAAUAGUAGAAACGAGAUAGGUUCCAGCAGAGGGAGUGAGGAGGAGGAUGGAGAACAAAGAAGAAGAAGUGUUGGUAGCACAAACCAUUUCCAAAGUAGUUGGCACCACUCUUCAAGAAUCAUAAGGGUGUCUAGAGCAUCUGGUGGCAAAGACAGGCACAGCAAGGUAAUGACCUCAAAAGGGUUAAGAGACAGAAGGGUUAGGCUCUCUGUGACCACAGCCAUUCAGUUCUAUGACCUUCAAGAUCGCUUGGGUUAUGAUCAACCCAGCAAAGCCGUGGAGUGGUUAAUCAAAGCUGCUGAAGAUGCCAUCUCAGAGCUUCCUUCACUCAACAACCCUUUCCCUGAUACCCCUAAGCAACAAAGUGAUGAGAAAAGGCCUAGUGGGUUUGAUGAUGCAGAUGCAGACCUGCAGCAAAACCAAAGCCAGAAUGUGUCUCUGUCCAAGUCUGCUUGUAGCAGCACUUCUGAGACAAGCAAGGGGUCUGGCUUGUCCCUCUCAAGGUCUGAGAUCCGUGUGAAGGCAAGGGAGAGGGCAAGGGAAAGAGCAGCAAAAGACAAGGAGAAAGAAAAGGAGGACAAGGAAAAAGAUUGCAGCAUUGGACAUCACCAAAACAAUGUCCCCAUGUCACACACUGCUUCUUUCACUGAGCUUCUCACUGGUGGGAUUGGGAGCACAGCAACCACAAGUCCUAAUGGAUCAUCAGUUCAUCAGAUCCAUGAUGAGGCCAAUCUAUUCAACAAGGGAAGGCAACAUUGGUCCUCAACAGUGACUCCUAGUCCUAUGGACUACUUCAGCUCAGGCCUCUUGGUUUCAUCUGCAAGAACAGCACAACACCAAUAUGCCCUUCCAUUCAGUGGAGGAGACCAGAUGCAGCAUUUCUCCUUCAUGUCUGACCAUCUUAACAUGCCAGCUAUGGUUACUUCUUCUCAGCCUCAGCCUAGCGGGGGUGACUACAACCUCAACUUCAGCAUCUCUAAUGGUUACAAUAGGGGGACCCUUCAGUCCAAUUCUCCGUCCUUUUUGCCUCACCUCCAGAGGUUUCAAACCAUAGACGGAUCAUCCAAUAUACCUUUCUUUAUAGGAGCUCCUGCUUCUGCUUCUGCUUCUGCUUCUCCAACCAUGGACCAUCACCAGCCUCAGUUCUCACCUGUCUUCGAUGGAACCAGACAUUCUGACCACAAGGGCAAAGGCAAGAACUAAGUUCCUCGCAUGGUUGACAUUCAAGUUGAAAAGAGAAUGCAUGAAGACUUCUUGAAUAAAUAAUGAUUGUAAUUUAAACAAUUUAGUUAUCUUUGAGAAACAACCUUAAUUUUAAAUGUUGAAAUAUUUUAAUUUCAAACAUUGGAUUAUGUUAAAUUAUGUUGGAACAUUUUAAAUUCAUAUUUUCUUA